AUGAUAAGCUCCACACAAUGGGGCUCCGACAGGACCAGCCUUUUGAGGCUGUAUAGAAGCUUAAUUAGAUCCAAAAUUGACUAUGGCAGCAAUGCAUACGGCUCCGCUACAGACAACAAAAUAAUUUCCUUAAAUAGCAUACAGAAUACUUGUAUUCGCAUAGCUACCGGUGCCUUUCGAUCCAGUCCAGGUGAUAGCUUAAGCGUAGAAGCAGGAGAACCUCCUCUCAAACAUCGGCGCACAUUCCUGGAUCUAAAGUUCUUUGCGAAAAUCAUAUCUGACAAAUCGCACCCACUCAGGGAUCUACUUCCCUUGGAUAAUAUAUUGUCAAAUGAAGUUCUACAUACUCAGAAGCGAAAACACUAUUUUGUGCGAGUAUCACUAGCUCUGCAAUCUUUGGACAUACAGGUCCCAAAAAUACAACACACAUGCGUCUCGCCACUCCCUCCUUGGACGUUACAGAACCCAAACUUUUACCUCAAGCUCUCGAAAUCCCUAAAGGCGAACACCCAUCCUUACACUUAUAAGCAAGAGUUCCUCAAAAUCAAAAACGAUUUCAAAAAUGCUACAUUCGCUUACACGGACGGAUCCAAGAGCACAGAAGGGGUUGGUGCCGCAUUCGUGUCAGGCGGUAGGAGACAUUCUUUCGCACUCCCACCACUAUGUAGCAACUAUAGUGCAGAACUCCUAGCGAUCAACAAAUGUCUAAACAUAAUAGCUUUGACAAGAAAUCAUCUGAUCCUUUGUACUGAUUCCCUUUCAGCAGUAUAUGCCUUAAAAGAUAUUUUCAGCCUGAACCCCCUCGUACAUGAAAUUCACUCUGCCAUAAAGGACUUUUACCGCAAAAAUUUACAAGUCACUGUCAUGUGGAUACCAGGACACUGCGGGAUAACCGGAAAUGUUGAGGCAGACAAAGCGGCAAGAAGUGCCCAGAGAGAAGGUCAUAAAAUAAGUGAGGUGCCGCAAGAAGACUUCGUUACACAUGUGAAAGCCAAAACCAAAGAAAAAUGGCAACUAGAAUGGUUCAAUACUAGGGAAAACAAACUUAGAGCUGUUAAAGCAGAUAUAAGACUAUGGACCACCUCAGCUGGACUGUCUAGAAAAGAAGAAUGUGUACUUGCGAGACUCAGGAUAGGGCAUACACGAAUAACACACGGGUAUUUAAUGGCUUGCGAACCUCCACCUAUGUGCGUGACAUGUGGAGUUUUAACCACAGUCAAGCACAUACUGUUAGAAUGUAAGAUGUACAGAAGGGCACGCAUGAGCAGUGAGUUGCCCGCCUCUCUACCCGAAUUGCUAAAUGACAGAGAAACAACAGUAUCAAGAUUAUUUAAAUUUUUAAGGGAAACAGAAUUGUUUGUUAAAAUCUGA